GCGCCUCAGCCGCGCUUCAUGGAUGCUUCAGCAGCGGUGCAGCAUCCUCAGCCUCUUCCCAUCCCAGCGGGACUAACUCCGUGUUAACCGGACCUCAUCCCAGCGCUCCCUCCUCUCCUCUCCUAGAUACUGCGAGUGUUGCAAGAGCUGCCAUGGCGAACAGAGGGCCCACCUAUGGCCUGAGCCGAGAGGUGCAGGAGAAGAUCGACCUGAAGUACGACGCCGACCUGGAGCAGAAGCUGGUGGACUGGAUCGUGGCUCAGUGUGGAGGAAACAUGGAGAAGCCACAGACGGGCAAAGAGAACUUCCAGAAAUGGCUGCUGGAUGGCACAAUCCUGUGUAGACUCAUCAACAGCCUUUAUCCGAGGGGCAAGGAACCCAUCAAGAAGAUUGCGGAGACUCAGAUGGCCUUCAAGCAGAUGGAGAAGAUCUCUCAGUUCCUGCAAGCAGCGGAAGCUUACGGAGUGACGACCACCGACAUCUUUCAAACUGUGGACCUCUGGGAAGCAAAGGACAUGGCAGCAGUGCAGAGGACCCUGAUGGCUCUGGGGAGCGUGGCUGUCACCAAGGACGAUGGUCACUACAGAGGUGACCGAGAAUGGUUCCGCAGGAAAGCGCAGGCCUAUCGACGAGAGUUCUCCGAGGAGCAGCUGCGCCAGGGACAGAGUCUGAUUGGCCUGCAGAUGGGCAGCAACCGCGGAGCUUCCCAAGCUGGUAUGACGGGCUACGGUAUGCACCGUCAGAUCAUGUAGGACGUUUCCUACCCAACCUGCUCCUCUGCUUCUGAGACCUUAUUUUCUACUAAUACCACAAGUGUUGUAGCCCCCCCCCAAAAAAACUCCCUAUAUCCUCUGUAGCCGUGUCGACCUCAACUUCCCUGGAACUGCUGCUUUUCCCCAGACAGUGUUCGAAACCCACAUCCCAAAUCAAAUGAUGUCAAAUGCUGUAAAUCACCUCUCUCACGCUGUCUUCCCUUGUGCCAUGUGCUGUUCCCUCCCUCGCUUUGUCGACUGUUUCCUGACUUUCUAUAUCCAAAUGGUUAAUGUGGAACUCGUAGUCAUUCAACAUCCCAUAGGUCCUAUAGGAAAGUGUAGAUUUUGAUGAAACAAGCCAUCAGUGUUAUGCAUAUUUUAAAUCUGAAUUCUGUAAGCCCCUUGUUACAGCAUGUUGUGUGCUAUUUAUUUAUUUAUUUAUUUGUAUGUGCAUAUUCCUUCAUUUAAAACUACCAUUAUUCAUCGGUCGGUGACUGUGUACUUAUUUUUGCCUUAAACCUGAUGAAACUCUCGCUUGACGAUGUCUCUGCAAUCUGGUCUGACGACUUGUUGCGGUUUUUCUUCUGUAACCAAACCAACCUCACGUUGUGCCUGGUUUUGGGACGUCAGUGACUGGGUCCUGAUAAUAUUGGCCUCAAAUUAUAAACGAGUUUCAUUCCGUCUGAGACACACCCCUCGUUAUUUGUCCAACUUUGUCCAUACUGUGUCCAUUUUGUGUUUAAAUCAAUGUGCAGUAUAGCCAACAUGUGUGACAGCGACGUUUCCAUUUCUGGUGCCACGUUGAGACGCUGCUUGAAUGUGCACAUUUAUGUAUUGUCAUGUUUAUAUUUUUGAAUAUAUUUAUAUCUGGAGGCUUGUGAGAAGAAUAAUUGGAGAAAUAAAAUA